AUGAAUAAGAACCAUUUCGUGCAAGAUUGGCGACGAUUUAGGUCCGGCAUUGAAGCAGUCUUCGACUUUCAGGGAGAAUUCAUAGAAUACUCUUAUAGAAAAGCUUACCGAGAGCGUGUACACAAUUUUCUCUUAAAAAUACCAAGUGACAUCGAUGGCAAAGAAUUAAAGAAAAAAACACUGUACUAUUGUGAUAUCUGUGGCAGAUCAUUCUCUCAAAAAGGUACUCUCACUACCCACAAACGUAUUCAUACUGGAGAGAAACCAUAUUACUGUGAUAUCUGUGGCGCAUCAUUCUCUCUAAACCAUCAUUUAACAACUCAUAAACGUAUUCAUACAGGAGAGAAACAAUUUCACUGCGAUAUCUGUGGUAAAUCAUUCUCUGGAAGCAGUGACUUAAGUAAGCACAGGCGUAUUCACACAGGAGAGAAGCCAUAUCACUGUGAUAUUUGUGAUAAGUCAUUCUCUGUAAGUAAUGACUUAAUUAUACACAAACGUAUUCAUACAGGUGAAAGACCAUAUCACUGUGAUACUUGUGAUAAGUCAUUCUAUGGAAGUAGUACCUUAACUAAACAUAAACGCAUUCAUACAGGAGAGAAGCCGUAUCACUGUGAUAUUUGUGGUAAAUCAUUCUCUCAAGCAAGUGAGUUAACGAAACACAAACGCAUUCAUACAGGAGAGAAACCAAAUCAUUGUGUUACCUGUGGUAAAUCAUUUUCACAUGGAAAUACCUUGACUAUACAUAAACGUAUUCAUACAGGAGAGACACCAUAUCACUAG